AUAUCUAUAUCCACACUGCUGUUCGUUUCAUAUUCCAAAAUGAAGAGGAGUGAGAGCAAGCUGAUGAGGAUCAUUGGAUCGCCGAUAAGAGCGCUGGGGAAAGCCAGGGACAUGUACGUGCGGAGCAUAACCAACUGCGGCCAGCACGUCAGCUACUACGGCGAUCCCAUGGAAGGUGCCGGGAGGUUCUCCAGGAGCCACAGCGUCGCCGCCACGUCGGUCAGGUCCGAGGUGAGCGACGAGGAUUACGCGGAGCUCGUGAGAGCCGCGUCGGCGAGAACAACCUUGGCCAACCGAAUCCACGUUUCGAAAGUGUUGCCGAAGUCUAGCAGCGUCGGUAUGGCGAGGAUCGACGAGGAUAAAGCGGUGGAGUCGGAAGGAGGCGUGGCUUUCGCCGCUGAUCUGUAUCCGAGGAGUAGAAGCUACGCUGUGGCCAAGAGCAAACCUGCGUUUGAAACCGUUGUGAAGGUUCAGGCUAGGAAGUAGAAUCGCUUAGGUUAAUUAGAGCAGAGAUUUCAAUUGAAUUUGUAAGAAUCUUAUUCUCUGUUUGUGGUUUCUGUUUUGGAGAAUUAAACGCAUUCUGUUUGAGUUUAUGCGUAUUGAUUUUAUCGAUGAUCUGAAAGAUUUUCUUGUAAUUAAGACUUUUUGGCUUUGUUUAAGGACUGUUAGAACAUAUA